UGAAUUUCUAUCCAUUAAAAGAGCUGUUAAAAAUAGUCGGUCUGUUUAUAGAGAUUCGAUUAUUUUAGCAUAGCUUCUGUCCCAAACUGAAUUCAAAAUACAGGAUGACAAUAACCAGUCUUACUGUAUACGCCCCCAUUGCAUGCCCCUCCCUAAGCAAUUCACUAAAAUGCCUGGAGCGUGGACGGUGGGACAGUAACAUUGAGGUUGGAAUUGUGGGGCGCGUGCCUUGGUGUCGCGCGCUGUGUCCAAUAGUUCGGGUCUAUCGCUCAUGCUGUGCACAGUGCACUUCGAGCUCAUUCAACACCAGACAGUAGGAGACCUCGAGCGCUGCGAAAAGGACUCCAAUGUACUUUGACUUCUAAAUGAUAUCAAACAUACUUGGUGAGGUUCUUAAAUGAAUACUGAAGGAUCAGAACCUUGGUGUCAAGACUAGUUCCCUCAAACUGCUGCACACUCAUAUUCCCACUACUGUCUUCAUAUCCAUUCAACCUAUGGAUUUUCAGCAACAUGGGGUAUGGACAAAUCCUCCAUCGUUGUGGGAAUGAGGAGAACCAGGUCUACCUCAAUGUGGGAGGCGUCAGAUAUGAAGUCAAUCAAGAGACAGUGCUCCGCUUUCCUCACACACGCCUGGGCCAUCUGCUGCGCUGCCAAAAUGAAGAAGCCAUCCUGGAACUCUGUGAUGACUAUAGCCCCAUGGACAAGGAGUAUUACUUUGACAGAAAUCCUAGAGUCUUCCUAUGUGUUCUCAACUUCUACCACACAGGACGUAUCCAUAUGAUGGAGGAGCUGUGUGUCUUCUCAUUCACUCAAGAGAUUGAGUACUGGGGCAUUCAGGAGCUUCACUUGAGUUCCUGCUGUAGCAAUUGGUACCAAGAAAGGAAGGGAUACAUUGAGGACAGGGACUGGGACAUCAGAAGUGAUGAGCAACAGGUGCCAAGCUUCGAAUCGUCUUUUGAGGAGCUCUCGGCCUUGGAUAAGGACAUGGCCAAGUUCAAGGGUGCGUGGUGUGCAGAGAUCAGGAGUUACGUGUGGCUAAGGCUUGAGGACCCAGGUUAUUCAUGUGCUUCAAAGGUCAUUGCUGUGGCGUCUCUCAGUGUGGUGCUGACUUCCAUUGUAGCCAUGUGUGUCCAUAGUAUGCCUGAGUUCCAGCUGGUGGAUGAGAAUGACAGACCUGUAGAAGACCCUGUUCUGGCGAUCCUCGAGGUUGUCUGCAUAGUCUGCUUCUCACUUGAGUUUAUCAUCAGGCUCAUCGUAGCCCCUUCUGCCAAAAAGUUUCUAGGGAGUCCCUUAAACAUCAUCGACGUUGCCUCCAUUCUACCGUUCUACGCCACAUUAGCAUUGGAGACUGUGGACGAGGAAAACGCAGAGGAGAAUGAGGACCUGGAGAACAUGGGUAAGGUGGUCCAGGUUCUACGACUGAUGAGGGUCUUCAGGAUCUUGAAGCUGGCCCGACACUCUGUUGGCCUGCGGGCACUGGGUGCCACAGUCCGCCACAGCUACAACGAGGUGGGACUGCUUCUGCUCUUCCUCUCAGUGGGUAUCUCCAUCUUCUCUGUGCUUAUCUAUUCCGCUGAGAAGGAAGAGGAGGGCACCGAACUAGGCACCAUCCCCGUCGGCUGGUGGUGGGCCACCAUUACCAUGACCACUGUGGGCUAUGGUGACACCUGCCCUGUAACGUUGCUGGGGAAGCUGGUAGCCACUCUUUGUAUCAUCUGUGGUCUUUUGGUUGUUGCCCUGCCCAUUAGCAUCAUCUUUAACAAGUUCUCCAAAUACUACCAGAGGAACAAAGCCAUAGAUGAGGGCCGAUGCCUGAGUAAGCCUGAGAGACAGGACCCAGACCUCCCAUAUUACAACAUAAGAGACCUGUAUGCCAACAGCUUCUACCCUUUUAUGGGAGGUAUCUCCUUCGGGAACAGUGAGAGCAGUGCUGGAGAUGGAACGGAUGCCUUUAGUCUUCAAGACAUAGAGGAGGUGUGUGGCACUGACACUUAAAAUAGGGCAGCAAAAUGAGUCUUGUGACUGUUAACAUCAUCUGUCUUUACUCGUUUAGAAGCUCACCACACUGGGAAGUACAGUCCAGUUCUCUUCCAUCAUUACCUCUCUUUCUGUCUUCCUUUCAAAACCUGUUGAAGAUGUGUGCCUGUGGAAUUUAGUACUCACCAAAAUAACUAAGAUAUAGAAAGUGAGGGACAUUCUCACAUUUUUGCUAAGAGGUUUCUGCUCAUGCUAAUGUAUCUGGUGCAUGUAUGGUUUUGAAGUAUUUAAGGGUUCUGAGUUAAGGGUGAGAUAUACAACAUCGAAAAACAGAAACUAUAUAUUAUUGUACAUAAGGGAUGUAAUGUAUUAUAUAGAAUUGGUAUAUAUAGGUUUAUUGCUUUGGGAUUGCAGCUAGAUGAACAAGCAGCCAACUGCUCCUUAGCUCUGAAAUGCAGGCUAUAAUGAUUAGAGACAUUGUCUUAUACAUUUAUGUUGGCAUGCUAGCUCCCAUGGUUAUGCUGUGUGGACAUACUAAUAAAAUAAACCCUGUUCGAUAAGCCAGAUGAUUUAUGUAUUGGUUGUAACAUAGUCUGAGCCUUUAGUCUCAAUCAUUUAUUUUAACUGUGAAGCAAGUCAUAUUGUACAGAAGGAUUUUCCUCUAUAUGUUGCCUGGAGAUAGACAUGUACAGUAUCAGAUCAACUUUUUCUACAGGUGUUCCAGCUAUGGCCAACAUCUUUCAAAAUAUAUAUAUAAUUUGUGUAAUUAUAACUGCAGGAAACCAAUUAAAGGAGCCAAAACU